CUUAUGGGAGCAAAUUGUUCAACAUGUUCGUGCUCAAGAGAGAGAAAAGGAGGCAUAGCUCUGUCAUCUCUUUCUGAAGAACAUAUUAAGGAGUACCUUAGACAAGAUAUGGAGCUGGAAGAGGUUGAGACUUUAGAUUUAUGUGGGAUACCGAUGAAGGCGAGGGAAGUUACUCAGAUUCUCUCUUUUGCUUAUCCUGCAGAUGAUGUGCUUUAUUGUCUUACGAGGAUGUCUAAAUCCUCCCUAUCCUUCCUGUCUAAAAAUAGGACUGAUAUUAUCGAAGUUUGUAGAGAAAGUGACGAGAAAAUAUAAAAAUUGAGGAAACUAAGAUGGUUGAAGAACAUGAAGCCGGUGUCAACCAAAUUAUUCAUUUAAACUCGACUGAGCUAGCUACUGCUUCUCAUGAUUUCACUAUCAAAGUUUGGGACAAGAAGAAGCUUAAAUGUAACCAGACAAUUCAGUCAGAAACAUGUAACUGAUUCUGUACAACUGGAUUUAGAGGGAAAUACUUGAUGGCUGGUUACCCUAACGGAGAUAUUUUUGUAUACAGCUCUAGGAAGAAAACUAAAAUAGGCACCGUAAAUAGUGCUCAUAACCAUUUAAUCAGAAAUAUGUUUUCCCUUACAAGACUAAUGCAUUCAUACUUCUGAUCUAUUGAUGUGUGAGGGAUAAUAAAAGUUUGGCAGUCAUUGCCACAACCAAAGGAAUGAAUGGAAAUCAACCUUGAUAGUGGAAUUGCUUACAACUGUACGAUAGAGCUUACUUCUUUACUUCCUCCUGAUAAGACAGGCCUCUUACCAGAAAUCGGAGCCAUAGCAUGAGCCCUAAAAUCUCUAGUAAUUCAUAUUAUCUUAAUUGACCCAACUGAAAAUUUUUACAAAAUUUAUAAAACUCUGGAAAUUUCACAGAAGCCGUCUUCGAUGGUAGAGCUGAACGGAGGUCUUCUUGGAGUUGGAGUUGGGUCUCUUCAAAGUCCAUCUAAAAUAGAGCUCUGGUCUUAUGUGUACGGUACAAAGAUCGGUGUAAUCAAUGCCCAUGACGACAUGAUUGACUCAAUGAUAUUACUGAACACAGGUUUUGAAUCAGCAAUACGUGCAAAUUUCAAAUCAGUGAUUUCUAGCAGAAAACAGCUAUUUCAAAGCACUUUGCUUACCUCUGGAAGAGAUAAGAAGCUUAAGAUCUUUAACCUCUAUCCAGGAUCAAAAGAAGAUGAAUCAUAUUGAAUAUGCGAAUUCCCUUGCAACCAUACUGACUACGUGCGUAGUAUUCUUCAGACUGGUUCAACUACAUUUGCUAGUGCAUCUGAAGAUAAGUCUAUUCGCUUCUAUUCCAUAGGCUUUAGAGAUGGCCUUAAUUGAUAA